CCCGCGCGCCCCGCCCGCGCCCUGUGCCUCCGCCCGGCUGGCCGGCGGGGGAGGGGGCAUGAGCCGGCGCCCGCGCGCCGCCGGGAGCUGCGGGCCGGCCUAGACCCCGCGCGGGCCCCGCGCCCCAGCCGCUGACGCCGCCGAGCUCCGGGAGCUGCGAUGCAGCGGCCGGGGGAGCCGGGCGCAGCGCGCUUCGGGCCGCCCGAGGGCUGCGCCGACCACCGGCCGCACCGCUACCGCAGCUUCAUGAUCGAGGAAAUCCUCACUGAGCCUCCGGGGCCCAAGGGCGCCGCUCCCGCCGCCGCCGCCGCCGCCGCGGGCGAGCUGCUCAAGUUCGGCGUGCAGGCGCUACUGGCGGCGCGGCCCUUCCACAGCCACCUGGCCGUGCUGAAGGCCGAGCAGGCGGCGGUGUUUAAGUUCCCGCUGGCGCCGCUCGGCUGCUCCGGACUGGGCUCGGCGCUGCUGGCCGCGGGGCCUGGGCUCCCCGGCGCGGCGGGCGCUCCGCACCUGCCGCUGGAGCUGCAGCUCCGCGGGAAGCUGGAGGCGCCAGGCGCUGGGGAGCCGGGCACCAAGGCCAAGAAGGGGCGUCGGAGCCGCACCGUGUUCACCGAGCUGCAGCUGAUGGGCCUAGAGAAACGCUUUGAGAAGCAGAAGUACCUCUCCACGCCGGACAGAAUAGAUCUCGCCGAGUCCCUGGGUCUGAGCCAGUUGCAAGUUAAGACGUGGUACCAGAAUCGAAGGAUGAAGUGGAAGAAAAUAGUGCUACAGGGCGGCGGCCUGGAGUCUCCCACCAAGCCCAAGGGGAGGCCAAAGAAGAACUCCAUCCCCACGAGCGAACAGCUGACGGAGCAGGAGCGCGCCAAGGAGGCGGAGAAGACGGUGGAAGCGCCAGGCGAGGCCGGCGACCGGAGCCACGAGGACUGAGCGCGGCAGAGGGUGCGGGCCCAGGGAACCCCAGCGCAGUCGGCGGCUCCCAGAAUCCGCCGAAAGCCGCGAGUCGGCCCUUCUACGUCCACGCCGUUUGCUUUCUAAACUUUUUAUUAUUACCUUGAAUGCGGACAGUUAGGGGCCAAACAAGGACAGACCCUGAAGCCAAACCGAGGCCUCAGUGCGCUCGCGGGCCUUAGUCUGGAAACUCACAUCAGACUCGGCAGAAGGUCGCCUCCGCUCGGAGCUCAGCGGCGCCAGGCGCUCCACGCGCGUUCACGCCCCGCUCCUCUCCUGCACCCCCCACUCGCCUCUGGCCGGCCCCCGGGCUCAGACGCCUCCGGGCACACACGCGCUUCCACGCGUCGGGGACCCCGCGGCCCGGCGCAGGCCACCACGGCUGGAGAUGGCGCCCAGACAAACCGACGUCGCUGGGGCCCCUACCCCUCUCUUACGAAGACGGUGAUUUUUUUUUUUCCAAUAAAAUAUUUUAUGACACA